CCCUUCACAGGAGCGUAGAGGCGACUACAAGUCCCAGCGGCGCCCGGCGCCCUGGAGCCCCACCCCGGGAUGCUCACACGUCCCAGUAGGCACGAGGCUGUGCCUACGGCGUCCAGCAAGGACGUGAGGUAGUUGCCAUGGAGUUACGCUGAGUAACACCGAGGUAGAGGCACGCAGGAGGCUGCUGGGGAAGCGAUGGCGGGCUAAACCCGGACUCCCAGGGCCCAUCCUUCCACCUGACAAAUGAUGGCCUGAACUAUGAGUAAACAGGACUCUAUGAACACUUCGGUCCAAGAGCCCCCUCUUGACUUCUCCUUCCGAAGCAUCCACGUGAUCCAAGACCUAAUAAGCGAAGAGCCAAGGACAGGGCUUCGCCCACUAAGGCACUCGAAGUCGGGCAAGUCACUGACCCAGUCCCUGUGGCUGAACAACAAUGUCCUCAAUGACCUGAGAGACUUCAACACUGUAAUGUCACAACUGCUGGAGCAUCCAGAGAACCUGGCCUGGAUUGACUUGUCCUUCAACGACUUGAGUUCCAUCGAUCCUGUCCUGACAACUUUCUUCAACCUGAGUGUCCUCUAUCUCCAUGGCAACAGCAUCCAGCGCCUGGGAGAGGUGAAUAAGCUGGCCGUUCUGCCUCGGCUCCGAAGCCUCACACUCCAUGGCAACCCCAUAGAGGAAGAGAAGGGAUACAGGCAAUAUGUGCUGUGCACCCUGCCCCGCAUCACUACGUUCGACUUCAGCGGGGUCACCAAAGCAGACCGCAUCACAGCUGAAGUGUGGAAGAGCAUGAACAUCAAGUCCAAGAAGGUCCGGAUCAAGCACAAUGCACUCUGAGGUCACCGGGACCUCAGCAGUCCCACAGGCCCGAGCAUAGUCCAUUUGGAUAGACAAUAAAUAAUUCGAGCUUUUCUGCAGAUCAGAAGUUGCUGAUACGAUAUAAACAUGCCCUCUGGCCCAGGCGCUUGCCGGCAGCUCUGAUCCUACUUGCUGGGAGGGCAGUGGUGGGUGGGAAGGCCCACUGGCCUGGGACAAGGGACUCCUGGGUUUGCAGCAGGGCUCUGGAAGCUCAUCCAUCACCCCCGAGCCACGUGACUCUUCAGUGGUUCAUCCAGUAAAACCCAGAUGUCACAUAAUAAAAAGGUUCUACGGACAUGCUCAGAGGCCUCCCUGUCAGAAGGUAAAGGGGUCAGGCCGUAAACAUUGAACUCCCACCUCCAAUCAGAUCAGUGUAGCCGUUCUUGUGUUUUGUAUGUUGAGAUUAUGUUUAAUAUUUCAUUUGAUAAAAAUAAAUUUGUUUGAUAAUA